AUGGACCGUCUCUCGACCGAGCUAGACGAAAAGAUUAUCCAGCAACUGGUCGGAAAGGAAGCUUCUGCUCUUUCGAUGACAUCAAAGUACUAUCGAUCGCUUGCAGAACCACAGCUGUACCGACUCCUGACCUUCUCGACCAAGGAAUGCGCCGACUUGAUGCUCCUGCUUGAGACGCUUCUCGAUCGUCAAGGUCUCGCGAGGCAUGUUCGUUCGUUCACCCUAACCGACGCUGGAAUUCCAGAUACUAUCACAGAGCUCGGUGAUGCCUUCCUCCUCCGUCUUCGGACUAGAUUCGACGCAUGCAAGCAGAUCAUCGACGGAGCUGUUACACCCUCGUCAAGAGCAUUAGCCACUCGAUGGCUUGGGCUGAUAUUCCGAGGUGCGCCUGUGAUAGACAGGCAGCUCGCGGUCGUUCUCUGCCUUGCUAAGAAUUUGGAGCAUCUGUCACUAGUCCAGACUUAUUUGGGCGUUCUUCCGUUUACUCAAAAGGUGGUUGGUAUGUGCUGGAUUAAGGGCCGUAUGGCUGGUAUUUGUAGCCAUGGACAAAUAACCUGGAAGCUUAGCAAGGACACUGCUCAUCGUACAGACGACAACACAUGCUCACAUCCCCAUUCGGCAGACACGAAUGAGAUGUAG